AUGACACAUCCAGCGGCAAACCUAAAGGGAAUGGACUUGGUGAAGUGGCUUGACACCAAACUUGGAGACACACAAGCGCAUUGGUGCAGUCGACAAGCGGCUGGAGUGUUAUCCAAAGAGCUGCUCACUGAAUUGGCCACUUGCUUCAGCGCCUUGGAAAUGCAUGUAAAGUUGAAGCUAAUACAAUCUAUUCCGCAUUUAUCCCCAAAACUUCUGGAUAAUGUAAGAUUUGGCAUGAAAUUUAUAUUGUUCUUGGUUUAGUGGAGGGAGCCCUUGGAAAAUCUGCUGCAUAUUGCUCAAAACGACUCAAGUGAAUGGGUAAAGGUGAUGGCUGAAUUGUACUCGCAAUUUCCAUCAAAAAGAUAUCUAAAGUCUUCGACAAUGAAUCCAAAUGACAAUUUCAGUCAGACGGUUAGCCAUCUGUCUCAAAGUUGUAAGUACUACAUAAUUUUGAUGGUUUUCUCUCUUCAAAUUAGUGGCGGCGUUGGUCCCAACACUCACGAGGAAGGUGGUACCCGAAGAUUUUAUCAUUGCAACACCGCAAACUACCAAAAUGAUGUAUGGUUAUACUGAGGACGAGCCAAAACAACAUUUUAAAUUGAGAAGGCCGUCGAAAGCUCAAGCACUACUUGAAGAUGCCUUGAAAAGUAAGAAUAAGACUCUGUAUAGCUUCUGGAUGUUUUUACAAGACAUGGAGAUGAAAUUCUUAAUUGAAAAUUGGUAUUUUAGCCGCUGAAUCGCUGAACGACCCCAAUAGUCACAAGAAAGCGCCAGUCACAAGUUAUGUCUCAAGUUUGCCCAUCCGAAUGCGCAACAAUCAACGACGAAUGGAUGUGUCAAGUAUGUUUACUAUUUGAGUUUUCCAUUUUCUCAAUUUUAGUGCCCAUGAAAGGGAUAAAGUCGGCAAAUCCCUCAAAAAUCUCAGGCGGGUUCACCAACGAACCUAAGAAAUUCCAACGAAACCUCACAAAAAGAGAAGGAGGUGCAAUGUUGUUGGAUAUCUCUGACCUCCCUCAACCCCAUCUCAAAAAACGCCGCGGCCCCGCGAUCAUUGAGCCUAAGGCAAUCAAACCGGACGAACCGAAGGAACCCAAAAAACGCGGCCGAAAGUCGAAAGCCGAAAAGGAAGCGGAGCAACGGGCGGCAGAAGAGGCAAAGAAUCCGUUGCCGUCGCCCUCCGAACCCGCACCUCAGCCAGAACAGCAACCAGAAAAUGAAGAGGAAAGUCCGCAACCGUCGGCCCCGAAUUUCCAAGGUUUCCCGAACAACUUUUUCGAUUCCGGCUAUCAAAUGCCGUUUUCGCCGUUCUUCCAACAGAACUCGGUUUUCCCAUACCAACCCCAGCAGCCCGUCCCGCCGCAGAUUGACAUACCUCAACAGUCUAUGAACUUCUCAAAUUUUAACCCAAACCCGUCGCCGAGUUUCCCCGAGGGAUUCUUUGGAAACGAUAUCCAAUAG